AUUAUGGUCAAAAUCUGACGUGGACGACUGACGAGCGGACGUCGCGCGAAUGGAGUGUUGUUCGCUAGUUGAUUUCGGCGAUCAUGUGAAGGCGGCCGCGAGGCCCGUGCAAGUGUAAAUCCUGUGUGCACCAGCAAACUACCCACGCCAUGUCGCUACCCGGCAAUGGCAUCUUCGUGGUCAAGGGCGAGAUCUCGAUCAUCCUCACCGCGAUGCGGCGGGGCAAUCGAUGGUCAUCGCACCACCAGGACGAUGAUCAGGACCCACUCAUCAAGGCGUUCCAAGAGCUGAAAGAUCUGCUCAAUACGCUCGAGGACCUACGUCUCAUCGACCCCGUCGAUUACCUCGCUCCUUUCCUGAAAGUCAUUCGUUCCGAGGACACCACCGGCCCCAUCACCAGCUUGGCACUUUCUGCUGUCAACAAGUUCUUAUCAUAUGGCCUAAUUGAUCCUACACAUUCAUCAGUUCCGCUGACUGUACACAAUAUUGCUGAUGCUGUUACACAUGCCAGAUUUGUGGGGACUGAUCAGUCUUCAGAUGGAGUGGUGCUGAUGAAGAUUCUGCAAGUGUUGAAGACGCUAACGUUGUCACCGGAGGGCGCCGCUCUGACUAAUGAGAGCCUGUGUGAUAUAAUGUUGUCCUGCUUCAGGAUAUGUUUUGAGACUAGAUUAAAUGAAUUGUUGAGGAGAACUGCUGAAUAUUAUCUAAAAGAUAUGAUUCAGCUCGUAUUUAUGCGCCUGCCGCAAUUUCCUGAAGUGUUCACUGGUAAUUUCAAACUUCUGAAGAUGCGUCCUGGCAGUAUGGAGCAAACCAGAAUGAGAAAACGCAGCAGAGGCUCAAACAAGAUGAAACAUAAAGGAAACACGGAGAAAGCAGGUAUGUUUCUGAUGCAAUAUGAAUCAAAUUGUGCAAUUAUUGAUCUUGUGAUCUUAUUUCCAGAAACUGAUGAAUCCAAUAUAAUCAAACCAGCAAGUGUGACACAUACAGCUGACAAUAUCGUUGAUAUGCAAGGUUCCAUAUCGCAGGCGAUUCCUCAAGAACAAUCCGCAUCACUCGAGUCGUCAGCCUCUGAUGUCCAAUCCUCGCUCGUUGUUGAUGAGAAUCAAUCAGCCAGCGACGAGACGCAAACACUGCUCACAUGCGACACGAUGUCCAGUGAGGAUGCGCCCAAGAAAGAUGACGCUGUUUCCAUCGACCAGGUAGAAUCCGCAGAACUCUCCGUCCAACCUGAGCUGAAAGUCGUCGGUAUUGAAGGCGAGGCAAAGGAAUUAAAGGAGUUGAAGGAUAAGGAAAAAGAAGACUACGUAAACCAACGCGGAAUAACCUUUACGCCACAGCAUCCCGAUGAUAUGGUGCUCAUCCCCUAUGGGCUGGCAUGUGUCUACGAGCUAUUCCGCUUCCUAAUCAGUCUGUGUAACCCGCACGAUAAACAAAACACUGACGUGAUGGUGCACCUUGGGCUCACCUUGCUUACCACCGCGUUUGAGGUAGGCGCUGAUAGUAUUGGCAAGUACUCCUCGCUGCUGGCGCUUGUCAAGGACGAACUGUGCCGUAAUCUCUUCUCAUUGCUGACCAGCGAGCGUCUGUCGGUAUUCGCCGCCGAUCUCCAAGUGUCUUUCCUUAUGUUCGAGUCGCUGCGCACUCAUCUCAAGUUCCAGCUCGAGCAUUACCUCACUAAACUGGUGGACAUCAUUGUCAGCGACUCGCCGAAGGUCACCUACGAACACAAAGAGAUUGCGCUCGACAAUAUCUUGCAGCUGUGGCGCAUCCCCGGUUUCACUACCGAAUUGUACCUCAAUUAUGAUUGCGACAUGUACUGCUCGAAUCUGUACGAAGACCUGACGAAACUCCUUGCAAAGAACGCCUAUCCUAUCACACAAGGUGUAUACCACACGCAUUUGUUGUCAUUGGACGCAUUGCUUACUGUGGUCGAUGCUAUAGCCAAACAGUGUGAGGAGAAGAACAAUUUUAAAUCUCCCGACGUUGUUGCUGAAUUGUCUGCUGAACAGGAUGACACAAUAGUUGAAAGGGGUGAUCACGAGACUGCGGAGAAUUUAGAUAUUCAAAGUUUCAUCGGUAAAGGGAAUCAGAGUCGGUUGAAAGUCAGUGAGAAUGUGCCAACGCGAGAUGAUCUUGUUGCGGUGAAAAAUAUCAAAAAAUGGCUGCCGACGGGCACAGAGUAUUUCAAUCACAAGCCCAAGAAAGGCAUCCAGUUCCUUCAAGAGCACGGUGUGCUGAAGGCAGAGCUAGAUCCGCACGAAGUCUGCGUAUUUCUCCGCGAGAAUCCUAGCUUGGAUAAGAAAAUGAUUGGUGAAUACAUUAGUGGACGCAGUAAUUCAGUCAUCAUGCAGGCGUUCGUGAAAAUGUUUGAUUUCACUGACACGCGUAUUGAUGAGGCGUUGAGAUUAUACUUGGAGACGUUCCGGUUGCCAGGCGAGGCGCCUUUGAUUUCUAUGCUUAUGGAGCACUUUGCCGAGCACUGGCACAAGUGCAACGGGGAGCCAUUUGCAAACGCGGACGCUGCGUUUACGCUAGCUUAUGCCGUCAUUAUGCUGAACGUCGAUCAGCACAAUCACAACGUCAAGCGGCAGAACAAUCCGAUGACAAACGAGGAUUUCAAGAAGAAUUUGAAGAAAGUGAAUGGCGGGAACGACUUCGAUCAGGAUAUGUUGGACGAAAUUUAUACUGCCAUUAAAAACGAUGAGAUCGUGAUGCCUGCUGAGCAAACCGGCAUCGUUCGCGAAAAUUACUUGUGGAAGGUACUGCUGCGUCGCGGCGCAUCAAAAGACGGUACCUAUAUUCAUGUGGCGAGCGGCGCAUACGACGAGGAUCUAUUUUCACUCAUCUGGGGCCCGACCGUGGCGGCGCUUUCCUUUGUCUUUGAUAAGUCCGAAGAUCCGGCUGUUUACAAACAUGCAUUGUGGGGAUUCAAUCGAUGCGCCUUUAUCAGCUCGCACUUUUCAAUGACUGCAAAUCUAGACAUGCUGAUGGCGACUCUAGGCAAGUAUACCACACUUAACGGUCAACCGAAGAGCGCCGCGCUUACGGUACAGUUUGGGCUGAACACCAAAGCACAACUAGCGCUGAAAUCUGUUUUUGAGCUAGCGCAUCAGCACGGCGAAAACAUCCGCGAAGGUUGGAAGAAUCUCUUCGACCUUAUUCUAACGCUCUACACGCAGAGCUUGCUUCCGAAGUGCUACACUGAGGCGGAGGACUUCAUUGAUAAAAGUGGGCGCGUUGUGCUUGUCUACGAAAAUGUUCAACUGCAGAAACAGGACACCGGGUUAUUUAGCAGUCUGUAUUCAUAUAUGGUAUCUUCGGAGAAUAUUCCGAAGAACCCCAAUCAAGAGGAACAGGAAUUGAUUAAGCGCGCGAAGGAGUGCAUCACCGAGUGUGGACUGGAACAAAUUAUUACUGAUUCAAAGUUCUUGCAUGAAGGUUCCCUGCUAGAUUUGGUCAAGGCUUUGAUUGAAUUGUCAAGAGGUCCAGAUGUAGAGAAAUCGUUAGGGUACAGCUACAACGAGAACGUGGCAGUAUUUUUCUUGGAGUUGCUGGUGAAGGUGGUGCUACAGAAUCGCGACCGGGUAAUGACGAUAUGGGAGAUGGUGCGGGUUCAUCUGUACACACUUGUAAUGAACGCGUCGCACUGCGACUAUCAGUUCUUGUUGGAACGUUCCGUUAUUGGCUUGUUGAGGCUUGCUAUCCGACUGAUGCGCAACGAAGAAAUGAGUCCGGUGGUCCUGCAGUCGCUCCGUAUGCUCCUUAUGUUGAAGAGCACCACAUUGUAUCGGAUAUCGCGACAGAUUUCAUUUGGCUUGUAUGAACUUCUAAAGACCAGCGCUCAGAAUAUUCACACCAGCACAGAUUGGUCCAUUAUCUUUACGUUGCUGGAAUGUGUAGGUGCAGGGGCACAACCGCCCAAGCCUAUUGUGAAUGAAAAUCAAGCCGAAAAAGGUGCGAAAUCUGAUGGUGAUGCGCCCGCAAGCAGUGAAGAAGAAACUCCGACAGCACCAGAUCGUGGCUAUCAAUCUGAUACAGACGUCAAUAAGUCUCCUGUGCAUGCAGGUCGCUCUCAAAGUCCGUUGAUAGUUCCCGUAAGUCCGAUUGGUUCGCCACAGAAUAAUUCCGGUGGAUGGAUUUUGGUUGGAAAUGAGGGAGAAAUUCAGCCGAUUGUAGGCCGUGCGCCUCCAGCGCAUCAAUACAGUUUGUCUUUGGACCGUCCUUUGGGUCCACACGAUCCCUACGGACUUGUUAAAUGCUGUGAGAGUUUGGCGUUCCUGGUGCGCGAUGUCGCACACAUAACGCCGUAUAAUUUUGAUAACUGUGUGCAUUGCAUUCGCACUUUCGUCGAGGCCAGUUUACACGCAAAUAAGAGGCGAAAGCAUGAUUCACGUUUGCGUCACAAGAAUCCACGUAAAUCUCAUCGAAGUCCUGCGUCAAGUCCUGAUGAAGACGACAGCGACGAGGAGGCACUUCCAGGCGCUUAUCAUCAAGUUACAUUUCAAUUGCUGGAUUUAAUGCAUACGCUUCACACACGGACCGCACAGAUAUUUAAAUGGUGGGCCGAAGAAGGCGGUGAACUCGCACAGGAGAUAUCCUUAUGGACACAGGGAUGGUGUCCUUUACUGCAGGGUAUUGCGCGGUUAUGUUGUGACCCGCGAAAAGAGGUUCGAAUGCAUGCAAUCACAUAUCUUCAGCGUGCCUUGCUUGUGCACGAUCUACAGACUCUCACAGGGCCUGAAUGGGCUGCAUGUUUCAACCGCGUGCUGUUCCCGCUCUUGAAUCAACUCUUACAGCCGGUUACGAACGUGAAAGACUUAGCGGCCAUGGAAGAAACGCGAAUGCGCGCCGCCACCGUUCUUUCGAAGGUUUUCCUCCAUCACCUAACCCCGCUAUUAUCCUUGGAGACCUUCUCUCAAUUGUGGCUCACGAUCCUAGAAUAUAUGGAUCGAUACAUGAACGCUGACAAGAGUGAUCUGUUGGCUGAAGCGAUUCCAGAGUCCCUGAAGAACAUGUUGCUUGUUAUGGAGUCCGCAGGUGUCUUCCAAAACUCGCCGACUCUUUGGGGCUCUACUUGGGAGCGCAUUAAUCGUUUCCUACCCGGGAUGAAAGAAGAGUUAUUCAAGGAGAAGGAGGCGAAGGAAGGCAGAGAUAGUAGUAACGCCGCACCUCAACAAGCGGAAUUGCCAGCACCGGUUGAAGUAGUUCCCGAAUUUCCUCGCAGUACUAUUCAGGUCUCCCAACACAACAUUGAAAACGCCACGCGCUCCAGUAUUAUUUUACAACCGCCCACAUCAAAUAGCAUCAAUUCACCACUUUUUGCUCACUUGGGUCAGAUGGUCUCGACACCGAUCGGGCCGCCGACGGUCGUGACCGAUUCAAUCUCUGCGCCGCUGGCGGAAUCGCAACCGUUGCAACAGUCGCCAGUUCAUCCGCAAGUAUUGCCGCCGCUUCCGACGCUAACUCAACCGCAGCCGCAAGGGGCGAUUGCCGUGAACACUCCGGCAACCACGCAAGCGUACCAUCCUACGCACACCUUCCCAGUGCUGUACGCGCCGUCCUUUCCCGGUGUACAGUCCGCAGUCGCAGUCGAUAUUCCACAUCCACCCACUGGUCCACACCCACCCUCACUCUACACCGAAUUCACUAACAAUCCCUACAACUUUCCCGACAACAAUACAUUUCGGAGUUCUGCUCAACUCGAUGCGCACUUGCCGCCUUCUCCUAAUCACAAUAAUAACGCAUUUGGUGAAUGUCUACACGCAGAUUUAGGCGCCGCGGUGGCAAUGCCGGAGGACGCCGACAAUGACGACACAGCGUGCAAGGCGAAUGGUAAUGUCUUCAGGUCGGCGAACUACUUUGCUACCGACUGCGACAUUCCGCCUGGCUCUGAGAUGCUCUUCGCCGGUGCCAAAUAUCCAGCCAACACCAACGACAUUCCGCAAGUCGCCGAACAGCCGGCGCAGCCGCCGCCGCCGCUCGGUGCCCACUUCGAUAUUUAACUUGCGCUCGCAGCGUCCGCGCGCGCGCCCUAAUCUAUUCAAAAGCAAACAUAUUGUCUACUAGUCACCCAUUCAUCGAUUCGAAUUGUGAAUGUUUUUUAAACCUAUGCAGCAGUGACAAUGCGUUCACUGCGUCGAUUUUGAGUACGUGUGACGGGAUUUACUACGAUACGUGGACGUGCAUUUAACGAUAAUGAUGGAAACAAACAAGUAAACAAUUAUUAAAUUAUACAUAACUGAUUAUUAUUGUUGUAUAAAUGAUUAAACAAAUUAAAUGUUGGUUGUACGGAUAGAAGAAUAACACAUAUAUUGUAAAUACGAUGAUAAUAUAAACAAAUUUUAAAUUAGCAA